ACACACACACACACACACACACACACACACACACCUCUAUGCACUGCCAAUGUCGUCCCUUCUGCCUUGAGUGCGGAAAGGAAUGGAACAUCGGCUGGCUCAAGACACUUCCCCUGCUGCUGCUGCUGCUGCUGCUGCUGUUUUCAAUCUUCAAAUGUCACCAAGUUGUAGUUACCCAUGCAGAAAAACCGCGACCUUUUUUUGUAGGUCCGAAGUAACUUGUGAAAUUUUAAAAUAUCCUCCGCUAUGUUAUGUAGUCCUAUCCUGCUUGGAAAAACUCAUUAUAGUCAGCUUAAAAGAUUGGAAGACUCGUUUGAGCUACUUCUUGCAAAAUUCCUCCACUCCUGGGAAACCCAAAGCCGGCAAGAAAAGCAAACAAGCUUUCGCCAAGCCUUCUCCUGAGGAAGCGCGGCUCUGGGCAGAAGCCUUUGAUGAACUGCUGGCCAGUAAAUAUGGACUUGCUGCGUUCAGGGCCUUUUUAAAAUCUGAGUUCUGUGAAGAAAACAUUGAAUUCUGGUUGGCCUGUGAAGACUUCAAAAAAACCAAGUCACCCCAAAAACUGUCCUCAAAAGCAAGGAAAAUAUAUACUGACUUCAUAGAAAAAGAAGCUCCCAAAGAGAUAAACAUAGACUUUCAAACAAAAACUCUCAUUGCCCAAAAUAUCCAAGAGGCUACAAGUGGCUGCUUUACCACAGCUCAGAAGAGGGUAUACAGCUUGAUGGAGAACAAUUCUUAUCCCCGUUUCUUGGAGUCAGAAUUCUACCAGGACUUGUGUAAAAAGCCACAGAUCACCACGGAGCCCCAUGCUACAUGAGACAAAGAGCCCCCAACAGAGGACAUUUCAUUCUGUCUCCCAAGAGGAAAGGCUGUGACCUGCCAAAAGACUGACCUUGAAUUCAGCCUGGGUGUUAGGAAACAUCACCCAGAACUAUUGAUUCAAAGUUGGGUAGUGAAUCAGGAAGCCAGCAACCUAGGACAGGCUCUGUGUGAGAACAGCUUCCCUUGCUGUGUGAAGAACAGAGGGAGGGGACAGGGUUCUGAAUGUGCUGUUCCUCACUGGGAAAGCAGGGGUCUGAGAUGAAAGAUACGAUGGAAAGUUGUUGGUCAAACAUUUAAAAUCAAUAGGUCUGGGAUUAUGUGGCCUUAGCUAGCUGGCUGUUCAUCUUUCCCUACAUCAGUCCAUUGUUACCACGUAGUGGUUUUACUUCUAGUUUUAAUAUUUCAGUACUAAGGAACAUUAAAAUGUUUACUGUGUGCAAGGGUGUUGACGUUCUUAGGACUACAGGUGGUUAGUACUGUCCGUGUCCUGGAUCACUGAAACCGAAGAGUAUGUUUGCAUUGUUUGAUGGUGUGUGAGAGGCAAUGAGCGCUGUUCUGUAGAAAACCGGUGUCUGUUAUGAGUGCCAAAAACUGUCUUGCAGGCAGCUACACUUUGAAGUGGUUUUUGAAUACUUUUAAUAAAUUUAUUUUGAUAAAUAAUGUCACUGAA